AUGGCCGAUCACAAGGCUCUUCCUGUUUUUGCUUUUAUCGAAGAGCCAAUUCAGCUCAGAGAGCUGCGACAGUAUCUUAAUAAUGUUGGGGCUAAACUAGCGGAGGAUGGUCCUCAAGAUGUAUCCAGCAAUUUGAUUGAAAUAUGUGCCGGUCUACAUGUUAUGAAUAAAUGUACUAACCCUCCUGAGGUGGAUUUCAUUUUGAGUUCUGUUUGUUCACUUAUUGUGUCAAUUCCUGUUGAGCGAGCAGCCGAAGUAGUCUCUGCCUUCUGCAAGGCUGUUAACCCUAGUGUUUUCAAGGGUACAGGAUGGACUAGCAAUGCUGGCUUCUCUGUUCGUGUUCUAUCGAAUAUUUUCCGUGGGUUCGCCGCUCAUGCAACUAUUCAAGAAGAGGUAUACAGAAGCUUGGUAGCAAUGUGCUCUGAAUCUAGACUUAUUGGUGAGCUGGAUUGUUCUGUUGAGGCUCUCGAGAAACAGUUUUCUCGCUGGAAUACAAGCACUGAAGGUAAAAGAGAUAUUUUGCGUCUUGUUCAUUUGGCACUACUGAAUGACCAACGUGCUGAUCAAGCGGCGAAGAUUAUGAUCAUGCUUCUUGGUACCUACACUGAGACCGAUGCUGGAUCUGCGGCUGAAGAUGCUGCAGAAUGUGUCCGUACAGCAGUUGUUGACCCUAAAUCAUUCUCUUUCGAUCACUUGCAGCGAUUAAGUGCUGUUAAAGCACUGAAAAAAUCAGAUCCACUCAUGUAUUCAGGGCUCGAACUGUUCAUCUCGGGCACUUUGAAAGAUUAUAAAGCAUUUGUCAAAACGAACCCCGAUUUCGUCACCAAGAAAUUAAGAGUAGAUGAAGAUGUUAUCAUGAAGAAAAUUCGUCUUCUGACGCUCAUGACCAUAGCGGAAAAUAACAACGCCAUUGGAAUGAAUGAACUAGGAGCUCAGCUGGAUUUAUCUCCAGACGACGCACUUGAAGAAUUCAUCAUCGAAGCUAUCCAAGUUAACGCCAUCUCGGGAAAAAUUAAUGAAAUGACUAGAGAACUAGUUGUCUCAUCUUCGCAACAUCGCGAAUUUGGACGUGAUCAAUGGGUGACUCUACAAAAACGACUCCAAGGGUUGAUUGCAAACUUGAGGCAGGCUCAUUCUAAUAUUAAAUCUGUCAACCAACAAAUCGAUGAAGUGGCAGCUUGA